AUGGCUGAUGUUGACGGGCGUCAACUCAAGUGUUACUUCUGCGACGAUGACCAACUUUACGACCGCCGUGAAAGACAUGACUUCAUUCGCCUCCUCAACAACACUACAAAAUUCGUCCGCAACUUCUCCCAUAACCCUCCUUACCACCACGUCCUCCUCGUCUCCCCCCUCUAA